CGGCAUAAAUCAAUAAAGUCAAUAAACAGCGUGUUACAAAAUAGCAGAUUCCAAUACGGCAUAUUUAAGAAAAUAUAUAUACGGCAAUUUAAAGUGCGAAAGCCACGUAAUAAAGCUACCAACUACAGGAAGAAAGUCUAUCCUAUCAAUAUAUUAGUUGUAUAAUAAAUCGCAAAGUCAUAUAAAAUGUGGUUUAUAUCAAUAAAAUUUAUCAUACUGCUCAUCACUGCAGUAGUGGUUUACUUUUACACAUCAUUACACCUGUUCAAGGCAGUUUAUAAAGCAUCAGACAUCAUAAUCGAUGAAUUAUUCCACAUACCCCAAGGCAUUGCUUACUGCGAGCGAAACUUCUCAAGAUGGGACCCAAAAAUAACAACAUUACCAGGUCUAUAUCUAGCUUCAUCUAUUCUAUCUGUGUUCAGUCUAGAUUGUAACACAUACAACUUGCGUUUCAUAAAUUUAAUCGCGUCAUGUAUGAAUUUAGUAAUUUUCGCUUUCCUAUUAAAAUUCAUAUACGGACACACGGGAAGUCAGAUAAAGAUUGUUCUACAGGCAUUAAGCUUGGCUAUUUUGCCGCCUCUAUACUUUUUCUCCUUCGUAUACUAUACUGAUACAUUGUCUUUGCUUAUGUUAUUGAUUUUCUCUAUAAUGUCCAUUGUGUAUAAGAGUUAUUGGCUAGUGUUUCUAAAUGGGGGGCUAUGUGUGUUAUUUCGGCAGACAAAUGUUGUGUGGAUAGCUAUGAUGCUUGGACAUAGGGUGAUAGAUUUGUUCAUAAGAAGUUCUAGGGUGUACGGUAACCAGUAUUUAAAUAAAUCUGCUAUCCGUCGGAGCAUAAUCGCUAAUAACAUAGACUCAUCUAAGUUAAAACGGUAUUAUAACUUGAAUGAUAUUGUUAUAGCCAUAAAAUACCACGUAAGCACAUGUUUUGUGAAUGUGUUUAAGUUUUUAACAAUAUCGGACUUUGUUUUGAUGUUCCAGCAAGCGUUGGUGUUGCUAGGCUUUGUGGUUUUCGUUUAUGUUAACGGUUCGAUCGUUGUGGGUGAUAAAAGCGCACAUCAGGCAACACUGCACUUGCCGCAGAUGUUGUAUUUCCUUUUAUUCUACGGUGUGUUCGGGUUGCCGUAUGUGUUGGCUAAAUUUUCGUCUACGUUGAAAUUGAUUAUGCGACACAAACUGAAGGUUGUGUUCUUUGCUGUUUUAUUUGCAGCCAUUGUUCAUUUUAAUACAUUGGUUCAUCCAUACAUAUUAGCAGAUAAUCGACAUUAUACAUUCUACGUUUGGAAUCGUUGGUUUGGCAAAUAUGAUUAUGCAAAAUAUGCAACGAUACCAGCAUACAUUUUCCUCCUGUUCAGCUUAUACGAUAAUUUGAAGGACCAGAAUUGCGUUGCGUUUUUAUUGCCAUACACAAUCGCUUUGUUUUUAACUUUGUCUCUGCAGAAAUUACUAGAUGUGAGGUACUUUUUAGUCCCAUAUAUAAUUGUUAGGUUGCGUUUCGCUAAAUCGUCGUACAAAGUUGCCUGUUUCGAGUUCUUGUGGUAUUUGUCAAUGAAUGUUGCCGUGUUUUAUGUGUUUUUCAAUAAGGAGAUUAAAUGGGUUGAUUUCGAUCAGCCUCAACGGAUUAUCUGGUAGAUUUAUCUAGAACAUUCCCGAAAAUGUGUCAAUUGUUAUAAUAUUUGCAUUUCAAAAGAAAAAUUUGUAAAGAUUUCAUGUGAAUUCAGUUCAUGCAGGCAUGAAUAAUGAAUAAAUUUUGAUAUAAGAGCAUGCUAUGAAUUUUGUAUCUGUACUGUAUAAUUUUAUUUAUAUUAUUAUUUAUUAACAUUUAUAAUUCAUUGUCAUUUACUAAUUUACAUAUUAUAUUGGUUGUAUCAUCAAUAAAAUUAAAAUAAAUAAUUAUGUUAUUGCCAUAUCACAAAUCAUAGAUUAUUCUGUUCUUAAUUUAAACUGCAACAGCUUCAGUUGGUGACUCUUUGCUUAAACAAAGGCGUUUGGUACAAACUU